CUUAAGAGUGCAGGACAGCCUCAUCAUCUGCGAAAAUGACAGCCACCAAUAUCAUCACUGCUACGCACAAUCGCAAACAUGGUCGAACUACCGAAAGGAAUGCAGCAUGUCGACCGCCGUGAAUUGCUCACAUCUCUGCCAACCAGGAUACAGUAUUUGCACCAAUUUUUGGAAUUUGGAUCAGAUGAUGUCGAAGCGCUCGUCGAUGGCCAAAAAUACAUCAAAAUGGUCAUUCCCGCGAUCGUCAACAUGGUGUACAAGAAACUUCUCCAACACGACAUCACAGCAAGAGUCUUCUCAAACCGAGACAGUCGCAUCGAAGAAGACCCAGCAGUCUGGAUGACAGAGGAUAGCAGCACAAUCCAGAACCGAAAGAUGUUUCUUCGAUGGUACUUGAUCAAGCUGAAUAGUGACCCCACGAAGUUUGAGUACUGGGAAUAUUUGGACAAAGUCGGCCUCAUGCACGUCGGCCGCGGCCGCCGCAACCCACUACACGUCGACUACAUCUUUCUCGGAGCCUGUCUAGGCUACAUCCAAGACAGCAUGGUGGAAGCAAUUCUCUACCACCCGACUCUCAGCAUGCGCCGCAAGAUCGCCAUCGUCAAAGCCGUGGGGAAGAUCAUCUGGAUUCAAAAUGACUUGUUGGCGAAAUGGCACACAGUAGAAGGAGCAGAGUACGCAGAACAGUUGUACCAGGAGGAACAGCAGGAGCAACAACAACAACAAAAGCAGCAAAGUGACUUGAGCGGCAACGAGGAACAAGAAGGAUGUCUUCAUGGGAACAAGGUCCUAGGAAACGACGACGAUGGCCAGAAGUCUUUCUCUUCUCCUGCAAAUAUUGGCACUCCCCUUGCCGCAGUCAAAGAAGACUCAGCAUCAACACACACAACAAGUACAAACGGAAGUGGAAAAACAAGUCUAGGACGAUCAAUCGACGAGGUUGACAUCAAAGAAAUGAGAUGUCCAUUCAGCGGCAUGGCCAUCGAGCAAAGAGCAGAAAUGACACGACCGACAUUGAAGUCCAUUCUCGAUGAGACAUCAAUGGGCCACGUCUCGCAGUCGCAGCAACAACCGAGCGGAAUUCCAAAAUUGCGGCUAGUGAAAGGAGAAAUGUUAGGUAAAGAGAUACUGGAAAAAGAGCCCUGGGGACAGGAUGUUGGGUCACCUGUUGGGUAAUAUUGAGGAUAUGAAUUGCGAAUGUGAUAUAUACAAAUACCCAAU